AGAAUCUUGGCUCGGGCAACUCCGCACGAAACGCGAAGCUAAGAACACUUUGGGCAGGCGCCAUGAAUUCCAUGAUCAUGGCUAUCAUGAUGGCAUGUGCUACACUUUUGAAAGCAGACCCCACCACCUGCGAGACUGCCUUCUUCGGCCUGGUCGGCGAGGACUCUUGUGGAGAUGAGAAUGGUCCGGACGCGACCAAAGCAUGCAGUGCCGUCUGCAAGCCCCUUGCGUGCGCAGUGGUCAGCUCCUGCGCCCCUGGAUCCACCAUCGCAUUUUCAGAUGAGACGGGGCCUGUGACCAUCGCGGCCAAUGAUGUGCAGAGCUUCGUGCAGGAGCUUGAGGCUGAGCAUGCCAGCUGCCCAUGUGCUGCAAGCAAGGCCAAGCCAUCGAACAUGAGCAAGGCGCUUCGCCAUUCGCGAGUGCAGAAGCAGGCCAGCACAUCUCUGAGGAGUGGACAGGCUAAGGGACCAGAGGUAAGCGCCACAGCAUGCGAGACUGCCUUCUUCGGUCUGGUGGGCGAGGACUCUUGUGGAGAUGAGAAUGGUCCGGACGCGACCAAAGCAUGCAGUGCCGCCUGCAAGCCCCUUGCGUGCGCAGUGGUCAGCUCCUGCGCCCCUGGAUCCACCAUCGCAUUUUCAGAUGAGACGGGGCCUGUGACCAUCGCGGCCAAUGAUGUGCAGAGCUUCGUGCAGGAGCUUGAGGCUGAGCACGCCAGCUGCCCAUGUGCUGCAAGCAAGGCCAAGCCAUCGAACAUGAGCAAGGCGCUUCGCCAUUCGCGAGUGCAGAAGCAGGCCAGCACAUCUCUGAGGAGUGGACAGGCUAAGGGACCAGAGGUAAGCGCCACAGCAUGCGAGACUGCCUUCUUCGGUCUGGUCGGCGAGGACUCUUGUGGAGAUGAGAAUGGUCCGGACGCGACCAAAGCAUGCAGUGCCGCCUGCAAGCCCCUUGCGUGCGCAGUGGUCAGCUCCUGCGCCCCUGGAUCCACCAUCGCAUUUUCAGAUGAGACGGGGCCUGUGACCAUCGCGGCCAAUGAUGUGCAGAGCUUCGUGCAGGAGCUUGAGGCUGAGCAUGCCAGCUGCCCAUGUGCUGCAAGCAAGGCCAAGCCAUCGAACAUGAGCAAGGCGCUUCGCCAUUCGCGAGUGCAGAAGCAGGCCAGCACAUCUCUGAGGAGUGGACAGGCUCAGGGACCAGAGGUAAGCGCCACAGCAUGCGAGACUGCCUUCUUCGGUCUGGUGGGCGAGGACUCUUGUGGAGAUGAGAAUGGUCCGGACGCGACCAAAGCAUGCAGUGCCGCCUGCAAGCCCCUUGCGUGCGCAGUGGUCAGCUCCUGCGCCCCUGGAUCCACCAUCGCAUUUUCAGAUGAGACGGGGCCUGUGACCAUCGCGGCCAAUGAUGUGCAGAGCUUCGUGCAGGAGCUUGAGGCUGAGCAUGCCAGCUGCCCAUGUGCUGCAAGCAAGGCCAAGCCAUCGAACAUGAGCAAGGCGCUUCGCCAUUCGCGAGUGCAGAAGCAGGCCAGCACAUCUCUGAGGAGUGGACAGGCUCAGGGACCAGAGGUAAGCGCCACAGCAUGCGAGACUGCCUUCUUCGGUCUGGUGGGCGAGGACUCUUGUGGAGAUGAGAAUGGUCCGGACGCGACCAAAGCAUGCAGUGCCGCCUGCAAGCCCCUUGCCUGCGCAGUGGUCAGCUCCUGCGCCCCUGGAUCCACCAUCGCAUUUUCAGAUGAGACGGGGCCUGUGACCAUCGCGGUCAAUGAUGUGCAGAGCUUCGUGCAGAAGCUUGAGGCUGAGCACGCCAGCUGCCCAUGUGCUGCAAGCAAGGCCAAGCCAUCGAACAUGAGCAAGGCGCUUCGCCAUUCGCGAGUGCAGAAGAAGGCCAGCACAUCUCUGAGGAGUGGACAGGCUAAGGGGCCAGAGGUAAGCGCCACAGCAUGCGAGACUGCCUUCUUCGGUCUGGUGGGCGAGGACUCUUGUGGAGAUGAGAAUGGUCCGGACGCGACCAAAGCAUGCAGUGCCGCCUGCAAGCCCCUUGCGUGCGCAGUGGUCAGCUCCUGCGCCCCUGGAUCCACCAUCGCAUUUUCAGAUGAGACGGGGCCUGUGACCAUCGCGGCCAAUGAUGUGCAGAGCUUCGUGCAGGAGCUUGAGGCUGAGCAUGCCAGCUGCCCAUGUGCUGCAAGCAAGGCCAAGCCAUCGAACAUGAGCAAGGCGCUUCGCCAUUCGCGAGUGCAGAAGCAGGCCAGCACAUCUCUGAGGAGUGGACAGGCUAAGGGACCAGAGGUAAGCGCCACAGCAUGCGAGACUGCCUUCUUCGGUCUGGUGGGCGAGGACUCUUGUGGAGAUGAGAAUGGUCCGGACUCAACCAAAGCAUGCAGCGCCGCCUGCAAGCCCCUUGCAUGUGCAGUGGUCAGCUCCUGCGCCCCUGGAUCCACCAUCGCAUUUUCAGAUGAGACGGGGCCUGUGACCAUCGCGGCCAAUGAUGUGCAGAGCUUCGUGCAGGAGCUUGAGGCUGAGCAUGCCAGCUGCGCCUGCUAGCCAUUUGAGCAGGAAUUGCAGAAUUUCCUUUUUGAACAUUCGCGAGGCCGCUGCGCCCGUUGGUGUUGAGAAUUCACAAUCUUUUGUCUUUUGCUCCGCCCUUUUUGCGAGAGUGCGGGGUAAUCCUGUCUUGAUGUGUACAGGCCUGAUGUGUAAAGUGCCCCCAGAGGUGGAUGCGUGGCAGGACAAGUUG